AAUACUACAAAAGAGGCGCUCAAAUCUUGUUGAUUUCAAACAGUCGGCUGGUUUCUACAGUCUGUUUUGUUGUGUAAGGUGGAUCUGAUGAAUCUUAAUAUGAGGUUAGGAUUACUAUAUUUAAUCUAAGAAGUGUUAAUUUCAGUGACCAUAUGGCUGGAAAACCAAACAAAGGCAGUACAUUUCAAGUUGAACACUAUCAUGGACCUAAUAAUUCUAAUGUUAUGGGACGAGCUUCAAGUCUUGAAGAGGCCUUGGGCGAUAUGAGACGUGAAAAUUUUCGACUUAGAUUGUUAUUGUAUAAUUAUGAGAGAGCUUAUCGUCAAGCUAAUGUACCACAGGAUUUGGAGUCAUCGAGAAUAUUUGCUGCUGAGUCGGAAAACAUUCUUCUGAAGGAAGCGCUUAGCGAAAAAGAUACAUUAUUAAAUUUCUCAUCGAAAAUGAAUGAUCAACUUCGUGAGCAAAUAAAUGUUUUAAAACAAAAAAGCGAAAAUAUUGAAAAUGACUGGCGAAAGAAAUAUGAUAUUCUACAUACUGAAUUCCAAUGUGCCCAAGAAAAAGUUCGCGCUUUGGAGAUGUCUAUAUUAGCCAAAGAUACGGAAUUCGCGAAGUGUAAAAAUGAAUUUCAGAGUUCCAUAGCUAGACUUCAGGCGGAACUUGCAUUCAGUCAACACACUAAUAAACGAUACAGACGAGAAAUUCAAAUGUUUCGAACAGAAGCUGAUGAUUUACGUGCCACAUUAGAAACUGUAAAUAAGAGCCAUGUGAGCAUUGAUGUUAAAGACCUAAAACCUAACGAUCUACAUACUUCUGAACAGAACUUGUGGAAUCAAUCACCUCAGUGUAAUCUAAAGACCCCAACCACCGUCUCUAGCUUAUCUCCAUCUUUCAGUACUUCGACUGGCCAUGAAGAUGGUGUUAAUAGGACUCCUUUGAAAGAAUUCAGUAGUCUACACAAUCAAAUUCCAAGUGAAGAAUCUUAUACAAAGUUAACAGAUCGAUUAAAUUCAGCUCGACAUUUGAUUUUAGAACUUGGUAACGAAAAAUUACGAACUGACAAAUUGAUUGCUUCAAUGAAAUCUACUCAUGAGAAGGAAAUAUCGGCGCUGAAAGAUAAAUGUGAAUUAAUCGAAGCUCAGUUAAUGAAGGAAAAUCAACUAAAUCAUGAUGAACUUUCUCGAAAAGAUACGGAAAUUGAGCGCUUAAAUAAUCAAAUCAAUGAAUUAAUUGAAAAGUUGGAUACAUCGUUGUCUGUUCGUGAAAAACUACACUUCGAUUUAGAUCAUUUAACUGAACAAUUUGUAAGAACUAAACGUGAAUGUACAGAUCUCCAGGAUCAACUAAAUUCAUUUAAGACCUCAGGUCAACAAAAAUGUAUUGAAACUGUGAAUGUGGAUAAGAAUAAUGAAACGAACGUUAUGUGCACACCACAUACAAAUUGUACCACUGAUAAUCAGGAGACAGGUUCCAUAAGUCGCUUACGCAACCUAUAUGACUUGAUACAUGAUUUAAUGUUAAGGUUGAAUGAUGUUCGUUUUACUCAGCAUUCAGUUGUAGAAAUGAUCAAUCGUAGUUUAGCAGCUGUGGAUAUCGAACACUCUCACGAAGUUUCUCCAAUCCGUAAGGCUAUUUCAGCUUCUGGUGGAUUGGAUCGUCCAUCUUCAAAUAUCAUUCCAUUGAGCUUAUCUCGAACAAAUGCUACGUAUGGCGGAUUUAAUACUUUGUUUGAAAAUAUGAGUGGUAGCAUUAAUAAUCCUGUAGCGUCAAGUAUUUAUGAUAAUCCGACUUCAGAAUCUAUUGUAUCAACCGAAUUGAAUGAAACUGUUGCUGAAUUACGCUUUGGUUGUCCGAAAUCUCCAGUUAGUACUAACUUAAAGUGUACUAGUACAGAACAUAGUUAUCUCGAUAUUGCAAAAUCUUUUUCUAGAAAUCAAACUAUAAACAAAGCUGCAAUAAAGAAUAUCAGUUUACGCAGAAAAUUGUUCGGUGUAUCACAGCUUAAGAAUCAAAUGAGGAAUUUUGUUGAAUCAUCAUCAAUGUGUGAAGAUUUCAAAACUUCUGGACAGAAUGUUAAAAAAUCAGAAGUAUUAUUUCACAGUUUCACAGAGGACAUUCAUGAUGUCACUUUUAAUAGAUUGACAAGGAAACCAAUAAAUGCUGGAGAUUUAACUAUGGUUGAAUGGGAGCAUAAAGACAUAUUUGAACGCUUGUUAAUUGCAAUGUCACGACUACGUGAUGCCAUUGAAGAAUGCUCAGAUAUUGGUUCUGAAUUCUGGGAUUUAGAUGUAAAAAAACAUUUAUCAGUUCUACUUACUAGUCAAAUGGAUUCAUUUCACGCUCAUGUAAAUCGGCCUAACGAUUCAAUCGCUGAUGAUGAUGGUGACUCAGUAGAUCUUGAUGCAAAGGAAGCUGAUAAAAUGAUCUUAAAAUCAGCUGAUCGCAGUGCUCGCUUCGAUGGCGGUCAGUUACCUCCGUUCGAUCCAAUAGGUUUUAUGAGUCAAAAUGAAGAGGCUAGUUUAAGCCAAUUGUAUGGAUCAGCAUGGCGUCAUCCAAUGGGCAUUUCUACGAAGUUACAUGAUAUGAAAAAUCUUAAGAUACUCAGCGAACAGUCACUCAACCAAUCAUACAUUGAUAUGAAUGGGCCUCUUAAAGAAUCGUCCAUCCAAUUGAUGAAUAAUCCUAAUAAUGAUGAUAAGUCACUGUGUGAAGCAAGAGACUUAAAUAAUAAGAUUAUUGCUUUGGGAGCGGAAAAUUCCACUCUAAAGAAGGUCAUUACAGAUUUACGUGAUAAAAUGAAGGUUUCUGGAGUACUAAAUCAAAGUGACCAUAUUUCUCGCGAAGUUCUUCAUACUGAACCUGAUAGCUCUAUAUCGUUGGCUCCGUAUGUUGUGUUUGAAAAUCCACGAACCGAAGAGCUUUCAAAAGUAUUAGCACAAUGUCAACAAGAAAAUCGUGAAUUAAGGGAACAAUACAGUCGUCUGCAUAAUGUGCUUUCAACACCUUCAAAUAAUGAAAAUGUUGACAUCGGAAACGCUGAACUGUCUAAUAAUGUUGCAAUUAUCCAUACCAUUAUCAAACGUCUUCAAACUGUAGUUAACUCUGAAAGUGAAUCUGCAAAUGUUAUUGAUUUGGUCGACACUGUCACAUCAGAGCUUGUUGAAUCUCGAGAUUCAAUCACUAAACUGGAAAAAUAUCUAAGUGAAUCAGUAUCAUUAUACGACUAUCAAUCUUUAGAAAAUGAAAUGGAUUCACUUAGACAAGAACUUCAUCAAGUACUAGAAAAAAUUAAUGAAUAUAAAGUUGAUGUUCAAUAUGCAUGUGAUAAUUUAGCUCCUUUAUUACUUUUUAAUGAAUCUGUUGCCUUGAAAGUACUAGUUGAUGAUGUAAUAAUAAAAUUAAAUGAUCAAAAAAAUUAUUCGGAUUCUCUCACUAAUGAGCUUCAAACAAUACUUCAUUCAGUUAAUUAUCCAAUUCCAGAAACACUUGAUGAAUGUAUUAAAAUAAUCAAGAACGAUUUCUCAAAUUAUAAAACAACUAUUGAUCAAUUAAAAGCAGAUAAAAUUAAUGCUAUAAAUAUGAUCAAAGAAUUAGCGCCUCAAAAUGAAGAUUUACGUACAUUAUCUGAUUAUAUUGGUUGGUUUAUUGGUAUUUUCAACGAUAAACAAUGUAACUUUGAAAAUCUAGAACAAAACUAUUUAAUCAUUCAACAAUCACUAUGUGAUACAGUUCGAAAAUAUGAAAAUCUUGAAGCUACUGUAAAUGAACUUAAUGAUAAACUUAAAAUAUCUAAAAGUCUAGUUGAAAGUUUAGAAACAGAAUUAGCUGAUACUAUUAAGUCACAUGUACCAAUUGAAGAUUACGAAUCAAUUGUUACACAAAUUAAUUCAGUUGAAGAAGAUCUUUCUAAAGCUCGAUCAAAAGUUACUGAAUACGAACAAGAAUAUGAUUUUAUUAAGAAAUUAGUCGAAAGUACAUUGAUGAAACAAUCAAUCUGCUUAAAACGCGAUAUUGAAGAGCUAUGUACAAGUUUUAAUGUAUACAGUAAAUCUUUGGGAUCGAAUGAAGCUGCGAGAAAUAAAUUCGAAACACAUUCAACACAAACAGAAAGAGAAAAUGGGAAAUUGGUUAUUGAACAAACUUCGUUUAUAAACAUACCUGAUACUUCGUCGUUGAUAAAUGAUGACAUUGUCAGGGAAGAGGAUAUUAAACUGAAAAAUUGUUUUACUAAAGAAACUGGAUCUGAUCAAGUAAAUGUAGAGCCUCAGAAUAAUAUUCAAAUCAAUGAUGUUGGUAAACCUACACCAAAUAUUCGUAAAUAUAAUGAAUUAAAAUUUGCAGCAUUCGAAAUAAAAAAUAAGCUGAUUAGUCGUACGCAAAAACUCGAAAUCGCCUUAAAAGAAAUAGAAAGGCUUCGUGGUGUCAUACAACAAGAUAAAGAACGAGCAAGCGGUGCUCUUGAAGAACUUAAGGAUUUACGUCAAAAAGUCCUUCGAAAGAACCAAAGAAUCAGAGAUUUAGAAAAUGAUGUUGCCCGUUUGAAAGCUUGCUCAUCUAUGGUGAAUGUUGGAAGUGUCCAAGUUAAUGAUUCAUCGGCUCGGUUAUUAUCGGAACCGGAACAACGUCGAGGUUGUGAAGGUCAAUUUGAAUCAUUUGACCAAGUAAAUGCAGAUCAAUCAAACGGAGUCCAUAGCUCUAUAACAGCGUCCUUAUUACGUUGUCCUGCUACACCAAGGAAUGAUUCAACCGAAAAUCUUUUGGACCAAUUAGCAGAUUAUACUGUUUCUUAUGAUUCUGCUUCAAUGGAUAAUUCUCAUGAUCCUGUUUCAUCAAUAAAUAACGAAGAGUUGGCCGCUACAUUACACAAUGAAGGUUGCAUUCGAUGUCAUAACUUGAACAAACUGCUGCCUGAAUUGCAUAAUACAACCGUAAAAUUAAAGAAAUUGGUCACUUUAAAUCUGUCUAAUGAAGAUUCUCUAUUAGAUGUUUUGAACAAUGUAGAACAACAUGGAUCAUUAUCAUCAAUAUCAUAUUCUCAAUCAUUGGUUGAUAACCAAGUAAAAAUUCCACAUGCUGAUAACAUUGGUUUAAUUGAUCAGUCUGGCAUAAUGGAUAAUAUGAAAACAUUUAUAGAGUCUCUUCAUUAUGCUCAUGUAAGGUUACAUUAUUAUGCAAGAAAAAUGGAUCAUUUAUGUAUGUCUCUUGUUGAUCAAUCUGGAAAAUGUUCUUUUAAAAAUCAAAAAAUAUUAUCAAUUAAUGUUGACAAGUCAACUGAUUUGCUCAUUAGUAUUAUUAGAAGAUUGGAAAGUCUAUGCAAUCAAAAUGAUCUGCUUGAUAAUCAUGUUAUUGAAAGUAUUUUACGAGAUUCUCGUCAAUUACUCAAUUGGAUUCAAUGCCUAGGCGCGGAAAGUGUAAACAAUGCAUGUAACUUGACCAGAAAAGAAGAUGAUUUAAACACAUGUCCACUAGAAGUAAAAUCAUCACUCAGUUCAGGUGAACGUGAAAAAUUAAAAAGUCAAAUAAAACAUUAUCGUCGUAAAUAUCACCAGUUAUUACAAAGUGUAGACAUUGUAACGAAAAAUUUGGCGGAUACUACCGAUGUUAUAUCGAGUACACGUACUCACCUUGAAAACGCUGCUGGUCUCAGCCCUUUAACGGAUCAUUCUGAGUCAAAGAAAUAACAUCUGUUCAAGAAAGAGUUUAGCGUUCUCAGAUUUUAUUUUGACAUAAUACUAAACAUUUUCACAUGACUGUAUUUUUAAUUGCAUUCUGUUCAUUCUUUGUAAACCAACUGUAUUCUUGGCCUUUUUUCUACGUAAACUGAGUUCUAAAAGGCUGUAUCAGCAAAAAUGUGAGAACCUAUUGCAUUUGUAUUUGCUCUUUAUCCAAUGUUCUUCCUUUUCAUGUAACGACUUAUGUUCGAUGUAUUUAAAGCUUUUGUCAUCCCUAAACAUUAUUCUAAGCAAUUUCAAAUUCAAUAAACUUGAACUAUUUCCACUGAGUUCUUGUAGUUCGGUUGUUCUCUGCCUAUUUACAAAUCAUUGUUAAAUUUACCUAGGUAAAAAAUCCGAUUUAUACUUUUUUGUGAAGAUAAUUACCUCUUAA